CCACGAAGGACGGAGGCAAGGAAGGCGCAUAUCAAGAUUUUUUGGGGUAGAGAGAGAGAGAGAGAGAGACGGAAGCUCUGGAUUCAAAUUCUUCUCCUCCCUGGCGACGGUGCUUCUGCCGCUUGGCUUUCAGGUUCUGCCAGGCUCGGGUUCAAAGGGAUUUAUUAUCUUUCCUAAGAUAUGGAGCAAGUGUGCUUCUGGUCAAAAUGCUACCAGUUUAGGGUGUUCUCAUUCCAGGAAGUGCUUGACUGGAGGUUUUUUGUCGUUGGAGAUUUUCUUCUGGUUUCCUUUGUUAAUUGCACUUAGUGGUCUGCUCGUAAAUGAUCAUUUCAGAAGGCGGAAUGCAAGUAUUUUCGGAGAUAGAUGUUGGACCUUUAGUGCAAUUGUAUAAUGCAUUUCUGAUACAACAUCCAGUCAAAAGUUUUGGGAAAACAUCUUCCGGGGGCUGAACUCUGCCUAUAACACUUUGGAGGUUGCUUACCAUAGUUGACAUUUAGAUAAGCAUUUCUGUCGACUCUGUGCAGACUGCUUAGUUCUUAGUUGUUUCAUUGUUGCUCCAAAUGGGUACCAUUUCGUGUGAAAAGAUCCAAGUUAUUUGAAGAUUCUGCUAAAAAUUCUACAUAGUAUAGAUGAGUUAGCUAUUGCUAAGUUCCGAACCCUUGGGUAACCCUGUCUUGAGCUAGGGGAUCCUUUCUGUUCGCUAGAUCAAUCAUUUCCUGUUGGUUCUUUGAUUGGCUUCAAUAUGAUGUCUGGUACUCAUCCUAUCUUACUGUCCACCCUGCGUUACUGCCUUGAAGCUGUGGGUUUAUUAGUAAACAAGUCUGUGCAGCCCAUCCAUCAAAAGAUUUCUGGUCUUGCCCUAGUGGAUGCUAUUGCUGAAGAUUAAUGCUGGAUUCAGCUGGACCAGCAAGGCAAUUGUUAGUGUCAUAUGGAAAGUUUCUAUUGAAGACAACUACUAUUUUAUCUUUUGCGAGUUCCUAUAGUUUUCCCGAAUAAAGAAAGAGCUGCUUUUGUUCCAAAAAAAUGGAGAGGUUCAACCUAAUCAAGGAAGUUGGUGAUGGAACAUUUGGAUGUGUCUGGAGAGCUAUUAAUAAGCAGACUGAUGAAGUUGUUGCAAUUAAAAAAAUGAAGAAAAGGUAUUAUUCGUGGGAGGAGUGUGUAAAUCUGAGAGAAGUGAAGUCAUUACGGAAAAUGAAUCAUCCAAAUAUUGUGAAGCUUAAGGAAGUCAUUAGAGAACAUGACAUCUUGUACUUCGUGUUUGAGUACAUGGAAUGCAACCUAUACCAACUCAUGAAGGAUAGGGAAAAGCUUUUCUCUGAAGCUGAAGUCAGAAAUUGGUGUUUUCAAGUUUUUCAAGCUCUUGCUUACAUCCACCAGCGUGGAUAUUUUCAUCGUGACCUUAAGCCAGAGAAUUUGUUGGUUACAAAGGACAAAAUCAAGAUUGCUGAUUUUGGUCUUGCUCGUGAAAUUAACUCGCAACCACCAUAUACUGAGUAUGUCUCGACGCGCUGGUAUCGAGCCCCUGAAGUACUGCUUCAGUCAUACCUGUAUAGUUCUAAAGUUGAUAUGUGGGCAAUGGGUGCUAUAAUGGCUGAGUUGUUCACUCUCCGUCCUCUUUUCCCGGGUAUUAGUGAAGCCGAUGAGAUAUACAAAAUAUGCAGUGUUAUAGGCAGUCCAACCAAGGAUACAUGGGCUGAUGGACUUCAUCUGGCAAGAGACAUCAACUACCAGUUCCCCCAGUUUGCUGCUGUCCAUCUCUCUGUAUUGAUCCCAUCUGCAAGCAAUGAUGCUAUCAGCCUUAUUACAUCACUUUGUUCCUGGGAUCCCUUCAAGAGGCCAACAGCUGCUGAAGCCCUUCAGCAUCCUUUCUUCCAGAGUUGCUUUUAUGUUCCACCAUACCUUCGAUCUAGGGAAGCUGUUGUUAGAACACCUCCUUCAGUUGGAACAAGGGGAGCAUUUGAGCAACAAUCUGCUAGGAGACAAUCUGGGCCUUUACCUAGCUCAAAGCUGACUAGCAAUUAUCCUUCUCCUAAGUUAAAUGCUUCUUUAAGCACAGGUGUGCAGCGCAAGCUGGAUUUGGUUAAUCAGGAUGCAAGUAAAGAUGAUAAAUAUCUGAAGAGCUCUAUAGAACAGCCAAGAUAUCGGCCGCCAGGAAGGAAUAUUCCAAACUCCAUGAACAAGAUGAUGACUGCACGGGAAGUCUUGGAUUCAACUGAGAAGUUGGCAAACAUGAGUCUUGGUCCACAAAGGCAGUAUGUGGGGAAGCCACGACCACCUCCCAUGAAGGCUGGAGUCCAAUGGUUUUCUGGAUCAGGUGAUAUGUUUCUGAAGCCUGCUAAAGAUCAGUUUCAGCCUCCUUCAACAUAUACGAGAAACGUUGCUCUCUGAUGGAUUAUUCCAUUAUUUUAUAUAUAUAUAUAUAUAUGCAUAGUGUGCUGUUUGUCGGUUGUGGUCGAGACUGUCUUUUAUUAUAUUUAAAAAAUAUAUAAAGAAAACCUAUGAAGCUGUGUUUUUGUUUGAAAUAUUGGUCCUUUGAUAUAUAUGCUGUGUUGGAAAGAAUAUGUUUGUUAAACUGGUGUUGCUUCUUUUGA